AUAACAGAUCUUUCAUCAAAUGCUAUAAUUGGAUCCAACCUUCAUGUUUUUACAUAUGCUCAACUCAAGGUUAUUACAAGUAACUUUUCAUCAUAUAAUUUUCUUGGAGAAGGUGGAUUUGAACUUGUUCAUAAGGGGUUCAUUGAUGAUAAAAUUAAGCCUGGUUUAGGAUCUUAACCUGUUGCUGUUAAGUUGCUGAAUUUGGGAGGUGAUCAGGGCAACAUGGAAUGGCUGACAGAAGUAGUGUUACUUGGGCAAUUGAGGCAUCCCAAUCUAGUAAAGUUGAUUGGAUAUUGCUGGGAAAAUGAACAAAGGCUUCUUGUUUAUGAGUACAUGACAAGGGGAAAUCUAGAGAACCAGCUAUUUAGAAGAUGUUCGACUAGCUUGCCAUGGCUGUCCAGAAUGAAGAUUGCACUUGAUGCUGCAAAGGGGUUAGCUUUCCUUCAUGAGGAAGAAAAACCAGUAAUCUAUAGAGCCUUUAAGGCUUCUAAUAUCCUCUUGGACUCGGAUUAUAUGACUAAGCUUUCGGACUUUGGACUAGCAAAGGAUGGUUCGAAAGGUAGUGAUACACAUGUCACAAGUCGUGUUAUGGGCACUCCUGGCUAUGCUGCGCCCGAAUACAUGUUAACGGGAUAUUUGACAACUAGGAGCGAUGUAUAUAGCUUCGGAGUUGUCUUGUUAGAAUUACUGACAGGACGAAAAGCGAUUGACAAGAAACGUCCUAGUAGGGAGCAAAACUGCCUCCAGGAUUCACACAAACUCGACAGAUUAAUAGUCCCACGCCUAAAAAAGGUGGCCGCAUUGGCUUAUAAAUGCUUGAGCCAACAACCCAAGUCUAGACCUACCAUGAGCAAUGUGGUCAGGAUUUUGGAACCUAUUUUGGACCUAAAAGAUAUACCGAUUGGCCCAUUUGUUUAUGUAGUUCCUUCUUUUGAAUGUAAACGUGAUUGA